UUGGCGCUUGGUUGAAUGAUGGCCGUGUGAAGGCUUCGUGUAAAUGAGUUUACAUCUUCAAGACGACGAUUGUGUGUCUGACCAGAAGUCGUUUUCGCGGUGAUGCAGUGAAACAUAAUCGCUACUUUCAAAGAGGUAAGAUGUUUUAUGAAAGAACGGUUCAUUUAAGAGGAGAUGAAGGAGGAAAGAGGAGGUUGUUAAGUUACCGUUAUGAAUUGAGUUAGAGCUAGCAACGUUAGCAGGCUUUAGCUAACCCUGGCAAGUUACAGGCUGCACAGUUAGUUUCGUUUCAGGUUUUUAGCUGCUUGGAAGGGUUUAUUGUUACAUUUGCUCACAUUCAGACCACCACCCUUUGCUAGACUUUUGUUGUGACAUGGAAAGAGUUCACAUGCAUGAAUUAAAUGUUAGGCAAGUCCUGUAUAUCGUUGUUAAGCUGUAGUAUCAUAACGCUAUGGUAAUGGUUUCCUUUUUAUUUUAAUGGGGGGGAAAAAACCACCCACUUUCUUUCACUAUAAUGUUAACUUGCAAUGUGAAAUACAGGAUCCCGGGAGGUUUUAUUGUUAUCAGUGCAAAGACAGAGACAGGUGUGUCCAAGUCUUAUCAGCUUGCAGAUGUUUUGUUUUGAUUUGAUAGAAGUUUAUGUGAACAUAUAAAAAAUAACAUAAAUAAUAACUAGAAAAAUUGCAUUUCCUUGCAGAGAAUGUGUGGAAAUGCUUAGAGCUGAAAAGAGCAAUGCAACACUGCUAAUAAAAAAUGGAGGAAGGUAUAAAUGUAAAAGCUGUUGAAAAGAAAUACAAGUUGGAUAAUUGUGAACAUGGUUGAAGGACAAAUAGUAUGAAUAUGCUUCAUAAAUUGAAAUUUCAUUCAUGCUGAAAGAUGCUAGAAAACUGUCUGAAAUUGCACAAAGUCUGAAUGAAGAAGUAAAUUAUAGGGAUGGGAAUUGCUAAGAUUUUAUCCAUAUCGAUACCAUUAACGAUUCUACUUAUCGAUUCAGUUCUUUAACAAUUCUCUUAUCAAGGCCUUUCUUUGAUUUAAAAAAAAAAAAAAAGUAGACUGUAGGUUUUUACCGUUAACUCAAAAUCUUAUUGAGUCUCUUAUAACAGAGGUCUAAAAAUAAUCAAACAACAAACUAUUUGUACAGCAUUUACUUUGGUCAGUAUAAGUCAAAUUAGGGUUACUAUAUUCUGGAUCCCCAAAAAGAGGGCAUUGCUGAGGUGGGGCAGCAGCAGCUGACGAUCAGAAGAAAGGAAUUGUUGAGGGAAUUGUUGAGAUAACAUGUAAACGAUGUUGAUGGAUUGAACCAUUAGGAACCGGUUCUCAACAAGAAUCAGUUCUCGAUUCCCAUCCCUAGUAAAUUACCCUAAAAGGCAGGAUGGUGAGAAGUGGCAUAAGAUUCAGAAGAUCUUUUGUGCCAACAGCCAUCAGACUUUAUAACUCUUGUGUAAAUAGUAGAUAACUUUUAGAGACAUAUUGUGUGAGACAACAGACAAUUGAAUUUCCCCUUGGGGAUAAUGAAGUUCUUCUUAUUCAAGUUGUAGUUCUAGUAGUAGUAUGAUAAGUAGUCAUAGUAGUGAUAUUAGUAGACAUGUGAGCAGUAGAAGUAGUUUAAGAAUGGAAGAAGUAGAAGUCAAAGUAGUAGAGCUAGUGGUAGAAGUAGUAGUCGCAGCACAACAACAAAUGACAAAAAGUUAUUCAUGUUCAAAAAGGAGUGGGAAGAAGUCGAGACUUGUCUUGUCCCACCCCUUCUCCGACACUAAUGGUUUAAAUAUAUAUCAUAAUAUUAUAAUAGCAAUGAAAAUAAUCACCACAGGGAAAAUACCAAAACAACAACAAAACAAUGAUGAUAAUGAUAACAGUUACUAUGAUUGUACAUCCCUGUAUCCAGUGAAAACAUAUUCUUCAUAUUUUGUUUGAAAUUGUUAGGACAUUGUUUUAACUCCUCACCCAUACCCUUCCACAGUCUCACCCCACAGAAUGAAAUACAAAAUUGUUUUCUGCUUGUGUGGAUUUUAUUAAUUUUGAAGUUGUACUGUAUUAUAUUUUGCUUUGAGUUUAGGAUCACACUGAAUUGUAACUACAUGAUGGUGCAAGUAUUAGUGUGAAACAAAGACAUUUUGUAGUAACUGUUAGAUAUGAUAAAAUAAAGGUGAAUUUCUAAACAAUAGCUUUUGUAUGUGUAGAAAUAAGUGAAAACGGCAAAAAUCAAUGUAAUUUUACAGCACUUACCACCUCAGAGCUUCCAGACAGCCAGCUCUGAAAUAAGUUCAUUGUUGGACUUUAGUAUUAAAUGAUAGUGACUAAAACAUGCUUGGGAGAGGAUGUGAUUUUUUUUCUUAUAAUGUAUUAUCCAUCAUGUCAUUAAAGACCUGUUUGGACCAGUAGCUAAAUCGGACAGGAAACACUUUUAACAGCAUGUCACACAACCUACUUAAUGGCCCUGACUUUGUUGCAAUGCACCUUUUUGUCUUUGUUUUCCCCAAAUUAUGGAACACAAUGAGCAUGAAGUUUAUUUAACCUGUAUAUCACAUGGAAAUUUGUAAAAAAAAAAUUACCCUUUUGUUUGUUUUUUCAGCAAUACUUGGGUCACAAUGGCCAGUGACGUGUGCAACCACGUCAAGGUGGUUGUCAGGGUUAGACCAACCAGCGAAUGUGAGAAGCGCGAGAACUGCCGAAAUGUGGUCAAGGUUGUUGACAGCAACAUGCUCGUAUUUGACCCAAAGGAAGAGGACAUGUCAUGUUUUGGGUCACAAAGAGUACGGAACAGAAACAUCAACAAAAGGGCCAACAAGGACCUUAAGUUUGUUUUUGACCACGUCUUCAACGAGAACUCCACCCAAGCUGACAUCUUCGAGAACACCACUAAAGGAGUGCUGGAUGGUGUGAUGAAUGGAUUUAACUCCACAGGUAUGAAUGACAACAGAUUUGUUACAAAAAGCUGAGAAAUCAAUCCUUAUAACCUUGUGUCAGGAUUCCUAUAUUUUCUUCUUUGGGGUUUUACCAAGGAUAAGUUGUUUGCAUUCCUCUUUCACAAAGUAUGAGGACAGUAAGCAUGGAAAUCCAGGCCUGUCAUACCGUUAGUUUAGAGAGGCACUCUGUCUGUGCUACAGAAAGAAGAGAACAUAUAAAACUCAUCAUCAUGCAUUUAUUGCCCCUGUAACCUUUCAAAAGAUAGAGUUCUGAGUCACCGGUUGAGUCUGCAGUUUAGCGUCUAUGCCGAGGCUGUGUCUGUGGAUAUGGUUAUUGUUUGCUCUAUGGCUGUGUUUAUUGUUGUUUUAUUGGUUCGAUGGAUAGGCCUUCAAUGGCUUUACUGAGACUACUCUUCAGUGCCCCUGUCAACAUAAGUCAAAAAAGCAUCAUCAUGCAUUAUUUAUUGUGUCAGAUGAAAUAGGGAUGUUACCGUUACUCCAGAAUAACUAAAGAGCAUUGUUGUAUUUUUAUAAUUAUCAGCCGGGAAACCCACUACUCAUAAAAAAAAUCCAACUUUCUUUAAGUGUCUGAAUCCUUAAAACUAAUGUGCUACAGCCACAGUCAUAACUAAGCCAAACCAUCUCUGCUUCCUCAAUCAUCAGUGACCUAAGAUAUAUGACUGCAUGGCCACAGUCUUUAUCACAGCUACUGCCCAUCAGAACUUACAGUGGAGACAGGAGUAUCAACAACAGUGUCUGAAAACUACAGGAACUAUCUCUGUUUUUCGACUAGUCUGCUAAAUAGUCUUGUGGAGUCCCUUACCUGUAGUGGUGUACACACACUCCGAGGUCAUCUACAGCUGGAGGUGGUCAGAUUAACAUUGAGGACUUUUUCAAGUAAUUCAAAUAAUGAAAAAACAUUCCAGUGUUGACGAAAAAAUUAUGUUAUUGCAAAAGUUUUUGUAAGAAAUCUCUUGUAUUUGACAACCUAAAGUUUUUAUUAAAAUACCUCUAUUAGAACGACCUAAACAUUGGUGUCUGAAUACAGUAAUGAGUCACACAAGCACCACUUUUGACUUACAUCUUCAAUUCCUUAUUUAACAUCACUGGCUGACUCACACUUCCAUUUUAUUAAUUGAAACAGCUGACUGCUGUUUAUUUACUUUGUCUGCUCCAGGGUUCACUUGCUGGUGUUCAAGCAGCACAAUUGGGAAAUUUUGAAGGAUGGUGUACCCACUACAAAUAAGAGGCCAGAUGGAUUUGGCAUCAGAGAGUCAUCAUUGAUCCAUUGAAAGAUGCCGAGUCGGAUGGAAAACUUGAUCAUGCUGAAAAAUUAUCAACUCAGCCACCAGUUUAUUGCGCAUACCCUUCUGAAACUCAUAUAGCAACUAAACUGUGUUGCAUUGAUAACUAACUUCACAGAGGCUAUAUGAUCAGUUUUUGUUUAACUAUUCUCAGAUAAGUAUAAUUACUAAAUGACCAUUUUAGAGCAUGUAUUUCAUGGGCUUUUUAUUCGCACUUGGUCGACCUUAUUGAUACCUUACCUAUUGAUACCCUACUUUAUUAACUAGCAAGAAAUAAAUGGAAGCACUGUCAUACCUGAAUACAGUAUAACAGCAGAACAAAGAAAAACCUGCAGUGAUUGUGUUAUUUACCUCACUAAAAAACUACAUAAAAACAGAGCAUAUGGCCAUUUUUAUUAUAUUUGUUGCAGGAGUUUGUUUGACUAGUUUGGGUUGGUUUAAGAUGUGCCGAAUCAGCUGGCAAUUGGGUUCGUUCUCGCAGCUAAAUACUUAUGUUAACUAGUAUCUUCUUAAUUGAUUAACUCAAUAUCUGAGUUUAAUGGGAUUUUACACACCCCUCUUUUCUUAAGUGCAGCCGUCACAUCCUCAUUUUGAAAUAUGAUUGAUGUUGAGGCAUUAACUGUUUUUUGUUUUGUGGUCUAAAGUAUGAUUAUUAUUUACAUCCCCCUUACUUCAAGGUAACAUGUCUUUCAAUUUCAGUGUUCGCAUAUGGUGCAACUGGAGCAGGCAAGACGCACACCAUGUUAGGCUCGCAAAACGACCCUGGAGUUAUGUACCGCACCAUGAAAGAGCUCUUUAAACGCAUGGAUGACGCCAAGGAGGAGAAAGAGUUUGCUGUUGCCUUCUCAUAUCUUGAGGUAAAUAUCUGGAGGGGAAAAGUUCUUGUUUUAUCAAACUUUUAAGAGGUUUGACUUAAGAGUUAGAAAUGGCCAAGUAUAACUCUAGGAUUUCUUCUAUAUCCUAGUCCUAACACCCUAAAACUUUUAAAAGUGUGAAUAUCUUUACUGAUCCCCUGGCAUGCUUUGAUAGAUUUGCAGCCAUUUGCACUGAUGAGUCAUUUUGUUUACAGGUUUAUAAUGAACAGAUCAGAGAUUUGUUGGCGAACGCGGGCCCUCUUGCUGUCAGAGAAGACAGUUCUAAAGGAGUUGUUGUUCAGGGCCUGACCCUGCAUCAGGUGAGUAACAAAACUAAUCAUGCACCCUCACUCAUAUGACAUUGUUAUGUUUAUGCAAGGUAAAUGCUGGAAUGAUUGGACAGUUUUUUUAUUAGAUGGAGCUGAUUUGGACUUUGCAAUUGAUGAGGUAUUUUCAAAGUCAAAACAUCCAUUUUCAAUGUUGCAGAGGUUAGCAGCGACAAAUGAAAAUAACUGUUCGCACUCCCAGCGUGCACUGUCACAGAGAAAUGCCUUUACACUGAAUGAUGUAAAUAAGAAAGAAAGCCAAGUAAAACUGAUUAAAACAGGUAUUCUGACGUCUACAAAUGUCACAAAGAGGGAAAAUUGUUUUCUCUUAAAAUAAAUUUAGUUGCAUAAAAAAUUGUAUGUUGCAUUUAAAACCCUUAAUUUGUGAUUUGUCCAGUUAAAGUGAACAAAUGUGGGCUCUCUAAAACAUAAUUUCAAAAAUUAUUGAUACUUUUUAAAAAUCUAUGAAUAAAUACAAGCUACUUUUGUUUAAAAUGCUGCUAAAAUAGAGUAAAUCUUUAUUAAAAUGUGUUAUAAAGCCCCAUAUUUCCUUUUAGGUUUGUUGUGUACAAGUGCAAAGCAAUUUGUAUGUUUCAGGGUUUCAACUGGGUCACACACUGUCAAUGUUGAAUGCUUGUUUUUGAAAAUUCAGCCCAAAUCUGCAGAGCACAUCCUUGAAGCUUUGGAUUCUGGAAAUCGCAACCGAACACAGCAUCCCACCGAUAUGAAUGCCACCUCUUCUCGGUCCCAUGCUGUAUUUCAGGUAUUCUGAUCUGGUUUUAUUGAAAUCUUAUCCACAAAUGGGCCACUGCAUCAUGUCAUUAAAACCAAGCAAAAAAAAGGUGAAAAGAAACAAUCAAUAAAAGAACUAUGGACAGAGAGUGAUACUUGCAGUUCAUCAAUUAUUAGGAGUUUCUCUUUUUUCCCCACAAGCAAUGCAUCACAGCUUGCUUCACGAAAGUUACAAGCUGACAAAUUUUCUGUAUUUUCUUCAGGUGUAUUUGAGGCAACAGGACAAAACAGCCAGCCUCAACCCAAAUGUUUGUAUUGCCAAAAUGAGCCUGAUUGAUCUCGCUGGUUCUGAGAGAGCAAGCGCCACUAACGCCAAGGGGGCACGUUUGCGGGAAGGUGCCAAUAUCAACCGCUCUCUUCUUGCCCUGGGGAAUGUUAUCAAUGCACUUGCUGACCCAAAGGUGAGUUUAUCCUACCAUUAGUCAUGCUGUCGAUGGUGUUUGGUGUGAACCAGUGAAGUAAUAAUCAAACCAGAACAUUUUGUUUGUUUUUUUUACCUCAAUUAAAAAAGUCAAUAUUGAUUUGGUUGACUGAUGUGACAAAUUUCACAAGACUCAUGCAAAUAUGGAAAAUGAAUACAGUGAAAUAAGUCUCUGGAUGAGAUCAUGCACAAUUUUAUUACCUCAUAUUGUUUAAAUGGUGUUUCUGUUCAUUCUAUUUUGACACAAGGUUGACUACUAAUGAUGGUCGAGGCCUAUGCAUGUAUUUUAACAUUUCUUGACCAGUUGUAAAUGCGGUUCACAUUUUCCAAUACCAUUUUUCCCCCGGUACAAUCUUGCUCAUUUGCUGCAGGAAACCUUUAGUUUAUAUCUUAUCUCAGGAGCAUUACAUUUGGUCUGAUCAGCUGCAGUUUUGAAGAUGUUUCAUUGACAGCUUGAAGCGAAAAUGAGUGAUCUGAUCACCUCAAGAGCAGUUAUGUAUGCUUUGUGUCGUUAUUAAUCAUUGAAUUGAGAUGUGGAUAGCAACAUUUACAAUUGUCAAACUUUCUAUAGACUGUGAAUCACUCCCAAAUUAAAUUUAGUGUAAUACUUUUGUAACUUUCAAAUAUUUCUUAUGUCUAUACAAAUGAAAUAAACAUAAGUAGGUUUAAACAGUUCGUAAAAUUUUUAUAUUAGUAGUAUUUAUUUACAAGUUUAAAGCUAGAUUCAAACCAAAAUUUAGUCUGUUAAAAGAUGUAUACUCCAUAUGGCAGAGUUCUUUUUUUAGAGUUUAGUUUCACAGCAUGAACAUAAGAAGUCUUCAGUUUUGUUCUCAUUGGGAACUUUUUUUUAUGUAUAGAUGUUUGUACAGUAUAUAAAGUUUUGAACCUCCCUCCAUGUGUAGGAGAGAACCUGGGAAACGGAAAGUCAACUGAGUAUUUGGGUAUUAUUUUAUUCCAGUUGCAUACAUUAACCUGUCAAGAAGUCUUCUCACUUUACACACCAGUCUCAGGGGAGGAGGUGCAAGCAGACCACAUGCAUUUGGGAAGUGCUGUGCAAACGUCCCACAGUCACGUUGAAAUAUGAUCAUUUUUUGAACAGGUUGCUUCAUUCUGAGGUUUAAACUGUGUUCUUUCACGGACACUGUGCAUGUUAGUUUUUUACCCUGCCCACCAUUCUUUACAUGUUGCAGUCCAGGACUCAUAGCUCGAUCUGUUUAACCUACAACGCCCACCACUAAUCCCCUCUCUCUCCCCACCCUAUCCCCAUGGUUAGUGGUGCUCCAGUGUUUACUGUUGGCAGAACAGGAAUUUAUGUUGUAGCCAUUGUUUACAGGAAAGAAUGUCCCCACUUGUCUCUGAGCUUGAAUACCAUUUGCCUGAGUGAGAAGAAUGUCUGCAACUUUUCUGUCCAGACGGUUCAGUAUGUCAUCUUCAUGCUAUGCUGCACAGAGUUUUUGUUGUUGCCUUAGGCGAUGAAGAUAUGAAGAUGCAUUUGACAAUGCUACCCAUUUGGUCUUCCAUUCACACAAGCCGAGUGUUACCCCGCUCCUUUUAGUAGGGCCUGUCUAAAAGUGUUGUCCAGAGUGGAUGUGUUUGAUUUUGAUUGGAAAAUUCUCUUGUCAUCCUGGACGGAUCAAGCUGAGCUUUAUGAAACUGCUGAUGUGUUGUUUCAACAUUAUUUAUGGUCAAAUUCCUUGGCACCCCCCCGCCCCACCCCCACUUGUUAAAAAGCAGCUUUCAUUACGUGUGCUUCAAUCACUGCUCAAUGCUCUUGCAGUUGUGUGACCUCAAAAACAAGCAUGUUCAGUGGAACUCGGCUUUUGUGUUGCUUGGUCUCUAAUUAUGUGGUCUGUAAUUGUAAUUGCGAGCACCACAUGGUCAUCAUAACCACACGCAGCCCCUUGUGGCAACAUGAGUUAUUAGUUGUUUACUGGCUUGACUAAGAUAAAACUCUACUCCAGCUUUAUUAUGAAGCUCUUUAACUGCCCAGCCAAUAGAAGGUUAUUUAUAAACCAGUAACAAGGGUUAAUUUAGGAUAAGGGACGUUCAGAAACAGGUGAAACCACAGACUUUAUUUUGCUGACUCAGCAAAUUGAGCAUAAUGAUAUUAAAUAAACUUGUUGAUUUGCCAUUGUAAGGUAGAUGGUAAGCUAUUAAACAUAAUAUGAAUGUGGAUGAAACCUUUUUUAAUAUGUUAGGGGUUUAAAAGAAAUUACCUACAAUAUGUACACUGGGCUCCUUUUGAAACAAAUAAUUUGCUUUUUUUGAGUCCAACACAAACGGUAAAUGAAAAGGUUCUGAUUCUGGCUAUUAUUGAAAGAACACGCUCCAAAUUGGCGUUUUGUAAAACUCCCUGGACCCGACAUGACCCAAAGCCUAAGUCCUUAAAUCCAGAUGUGAUUUAGGAUUUUCCACUGAGAAAUGAAGACACAGCUGUGAACCCCAAAACGUGUCAUUUUACAAUCCUCCAUUACCGAACUUAGUAUUUAUUGUGGAACUCAUUGUGACUUUUGGCAAUCUCUAGUAGUUAAUCCUUGGCCAUUAUCAGAAACAGAGCUGUGUGCACAUACCAAGUGUAAACUGGCCAGUGUGGAUGACUGUUGCCCAUUUUUACUUCAGAAAUACAUACUUUGUCAUGUUUUGCUCCUUGUUGGAAUUUAUUGGUCCUAAAAAGUGUUAAGUGACGAAGCGUUUCCUCUCAAGCAUUUCCAGAUGGAGAUUUCUUCGAGAAGCACAUCACCUUUUUGCCCUUUUGAAUACCACCACUGUAAUGUACUUUUCCUUUGUUUAACUUUUUAUUUCUCAUGUUUCACAGAAGAGCAAAUUUCCAGAUCCCAAACCCUUUUUCUUCUUUUCUUCAACUUCAUGUUUUUACUAAGCAAACUGAGGAACUCUCAUAUGUUUCGUGUCGCUUCUUUGUGUUCACUUGAUGUCAACCCAGAAUUAAAAAGGUUUCAUGUCUGGGGUUUCUUUGACCUUUCUCUUGUUUUGUGUUGUUUUCAGAGUAAGAAGACUCACAUCCCAUACAGAGACAGCAAGCUAACCAGACUACUCAAAGACUCUUUGGGAGGUAACUGCAGGACAGUAAUGAUCGCUAAUGUGAGCCCCUCAUCCAAGUCUUAUGAUGACACCUGCAAUACGCUUAAAUAUGCCAACAGAGCCAAGGAGAUCAAGUCCUCGGUACGUGUCAAAGUUUUUAUCGUUGUAUAGCUGCUUAUAUACGCUGUGUUUGAUCAUUCUUUCUAUACAUGUGACAAUUCAAAGUCAAGUCUUUUUACAUACUUUUGUUCUUCCUGCCCCUUACCUUUUAGCUGAAGAGUAAUGUUGUGAGCCUCGACAGUCACAUUGGUCAAUAUGCAGAGAUAUGUGAGAAGCAACGGCAAGAGGUAAUACAAAAGACAUCACAAAAAACAAAUUCUUAACCCUGAAACUUAAAAUCUGAACUGUUGCAAUCAUCCGUAUUUAACUUCUGGCUGUUACCUUUUUAUUUAUUUUUUCCUAAAGAUUCUGCAGUUGAAGCAGAAACUUAAACAGUAUGAAGAGAAAAAUCUGGUACCUGGAGCUCCCAACACGAUCCCCUCCCGGAAACAAGCAGAGUUAAAAAGGUAAGCAUGUAAAUCUGUCAUAUUGCUCUCCCUGCGUUUAAUUUUACAUAGUUCCAGCACUGCAUGGUUCAUAAAAGGCACUAUGUGUUGCACAGGCUCUCCAGACACACACACACACACACACACACACACACACACGGAUGUUCAGUUCUGCCAGCUCGUUUCUUCUCCAUUUCACCCCUAUCAUAAUCAUGACAUGUCUCGUUUCUGCCUCUGUACCUUUUACACAGACAGGGGUGUAACAGUCCCGUCAUAAGCAGACUGUGUAAAGAUGCAAAGUGUUAUCUGGUUUGCUUCUGUUUCUAUCUUUCUGUUUCACUCACUGUUGUAUUGUAAAUAUUGUGAUUGGAACAGAGAACUGCUGCAUAAAACCUGCAUUUACCAAUGUAUUGUGUGGUGGUAAAUUCUUCAUGGGCCCUGUGGUUUUACAAAUGGUCCUGCAGACUUUAGAUCCAUUAUGACUCAUAAUGAAGUGUAUCGUGCAGAGUUGUGUUUAAUUAGGCAUUGUGGUCCAGUUUGCAGGAUCAAAUAUGAAAUUCCAGUAAAAAAGCAGAAAAAAACUGUGUAGGGAAAUGUUUCAUUUUCAAUUUUCAUUUUGGCGUUUGAAGUUAAAAUAUCACAAUAUGAACGAUUAAAUAUGAGAAUGCUAUCAGCUCAGCAAGUCCAGAAUCUGUGAACAUACUGAGCAGAGCUAUUGUCUGUGGUGUUAAUUGUCAGAUGGAAGAACUAACAGGACAUUGAACUGCUAAUAGCCAUGCAGUUCAAUGUUUUUGUUGUUUUAGUGAGCGAUACUGCAAUAUUCAUCCUUUUCUCGCCGUUUGGAGUGGUCAGUCUACUCUAGGACUUGGUGUGCUUUUGGAGUUUGGCAGCAUUUACCAUGCAGUAUGCAGGAGGUGCCAUCCUGAUCAUGUUUGUCAUUGGUUUAGUUCAUAUCUGGCAUUUUAGAAGUUUCAUAGACUUACACAGUAAAAGAAGAGCGAGUGAUCAAAGCCACCAAACUGCAGGUCUUUUUAUCCUCUAUAGGGCUGGGCGAUAUGGCCUCAAAUCAAUAUCACGAUAUAUUGAACGAUAAAUGGACGAUAACUACUCCAGAAGCUGCUCACUCCCUCCCACAUUAACUUCGAUUGCAUCAGCCGCUACAACUUUUGAACCGUCCUCCAUCUCCUCACCUGUCUUUCCCUCUUUGUUCCUGGAUGGGGCGGAGUCACGUCUCUGAUGUAGGACAGCGUCUUAAAGGGACAUGAGACCAUAGCCACCUACAUACAUCCAAAACCAACUUUUUUAUUGAUUUUUUUGACACCAAAUAUAUUGACAUGGGUAAAAUGACGCUGGUUAUUGUUGCAGAUUUCGAUAUCGGUAAAUUUUCAGUUUAUCUCCCAGCCCUACACCUUUAACAUACUGCACCACAGUCGACCACCACCACCCACUACAACUUCAAUGAUAAAAAGUCACCUCAUGUCAACAAAAUCUGAAAAUGUAGAAGCUUUGCAAAAGUUGAGUUUAUGAUGGCGCUGUUUUAUUGGAUAGCACUCGACUGAAUACUGUCAUGGCUUUUUGGUAUAGAUACACUUUACAGAGAAAUGUAUUUAAAUGUGUACAAAGGAAACUUUGUCAGCAGUGCUCUCUCCUUUUCAACAUAUACAGUGUGAGCACUCAGGCUGUACUUCUUCACCGUGAUACUGUACAUAUAUACUGGGCAUAUUUCAUGAACUUUGGUUGUGCAUCACUCAUGGUUCACUUGUACAGUGUGAGCUGACAUCCCACCACAGCAUGAAACAUCUGUAAAGUAUAUGCCCAACCAAAGCAUAGCAACAUUUGGUUCAGAAAGCAAAAGGGUUUCUGACAAUUUUUUCCCAGCCCUCCCAUGGGGUUCCCAGGGCAUUUCCGAACCAAAUGGGAUGUAUAAUCCCUGUAAUCCCAAUAAUCUGCUCCAAAUCUGCCUUGGAAUCUCCUCCCAACCGGAUGUGCCUAAAAGACUUCCACAGGGAGGCGACCAUGGUGGACAAUACAACCAUCACAGUUGGCUCCUUUUACUUUGAAGGAGCUGGCAGUGUUUACCGUACCAGGCAAACAAACUUGUGUGUCUGAAACUAAGGGGGCAAAGAAACUUGACAUCCUUCACUCAACACAGCACGCCAUCUAUUAGGGUUUGAGAAAUCUCCCCUUCCUAUUGAACAUAAUUGACUCUAUCUCAAACUGAGAGAUGUUGGCUGUAAUGGUCUUGAUAAGAACAAAACCAUCAGUUUCACACAGAUAUAAAUGUAAGAAUUUAGACUUUGCUGCUCACAUUUUUUCCCCUACUUUCAGACCUGUACAGUAAACAGGGAAUCAGGUAUUAAUGAUGAUUUGCAGUCAAAUGUACUCGACAGGAAACAUAGACAGUUGUUAAUUUAUUGCCCCCUUUUUAAUAAAUUACUGCUCGUCUAUACUUAGACUUUGUUUGUCUGCUAGAUGAUGCAUUACAAAACACUGACUAGAGCUUAACCCUGCUGGUUUUUAAUCUAGCUAUCUAAUCAGGAACUAUUUUAAUUCAUGGAUUAAAAACCAGAUCUGCCUCGUGGCCCAAGGAUCAGGAUUGUGAGUUGUUGACAUUGACAGUUUUGUGUUUGGGGUAAAAAAAAAAUCCUCAGUAUUCCUUUUUAAAUGACACCACUCAUGUUUUAUAAACCCACUAUGAUUAACAAUGGCUAAACAUCUUGUUUUUUUCUAAAUCUGGGGUUAUUCUUUUGAGAGGGGCACCUGUUUUGUUCUUUUAUUUUAACUCAGUGUAUUUCUACACAAUAGUUUUUUACAUAAAUCAAGUCAGCUAAAUCCUGGCUUGUUGUCUUUAAGGUAGUCAGUGGCAUCUGUCAGGGUAUUUGGGUUGGGGCGGGGGACACAGAGAAGCUGAAUGAGUCUCACUCCCACACGUUUCAUUCACUGGCAUCAGAAUUCACAACUCGCACAGUGAGAGGCUCUGAAUAGAGGCUGCACGCUUCUCACACUAUUAAAAAUUCAGCAGUCUAGCAAGGCCAUGGCGUCUCCUACGUCACUGGAGUUACAUUGAAGAGUGCAGUCACAUUUCAGCGACAGCUCUCCAGUCUUAUUUACCUGCAUGCCUCUCCUGUCUCCCUUCCAGCUUUAACUCAACUAGACAGCCCCUUGCAUCCAAUCUCGAUAUAACCGCAACUCUAUCCCAGGAACACAUAUAUACAUCAUAUAGACAAGAAUAUUGUAUAUCUGUCCCAGUCCCAACACAACUGUCAUCCUGUGGAAGCUUUAAAUUAAAAUGUAAGAGGAUGAUAACAUCACUGAAAGAAGGCAUGAGUCAUCACUCAGUUAAUUGUAGUAAAUAACUUGCAAAAAUAUAAUUAGAAGAAUACGAUGUUGGUCUUUUUAAUCAGAUCUUUACUGUGUCUUUGUGUCCAACGCAGUUAAGCAUUUUCAGGUGUGAUAAAUAGUUAAAUAAGUAUUUGUUCAAGCUCAGCAGUUCAUAAAAUUUGCACCCUACAUGUGGCACUGCAGCUUCUGCUCUCACCUGGCUCUGCUCCCUUUGUUUACAGGAGCUUUAUUAUUGGAUCAUGUUGCUCCAGGUGGUGUUUCUAAAAUUCUGUCACCUAUAAGUAUGCACUUUCAGUACAAUAGAGUUCAAACCAAAAUAUCAUAGCCUAAAAAUUGACCAAAAGCUGCAUGAAUGCCUCACCUGACUACCUGCAAAACUCACAUUUUGUUGCAGGGCUGCUGCAGUCUGUUGUACUGGUGUAUGCGUUGGACGUGUCAUUGCCACAUUAGCAAUAAGAACUGUGAAUAAAGUGCACGUGUAAAUGUGAUGUGACCAUGUUUACAGCUAUAAUAUUUAAACUGACUAAAACUGAAAAAAAAUAAAAAUCACCUGCUCAUCCAUCUUGUAAAAUUAAAGCGCUAAAUCGAAUGUUAAGACAACUGCUAUGAAGUUUGACAAAAACUUUUAAAAAGUUCAAUGUGCUCAUGCUAAGCGUAUAACAUUUGAAAAUUAAUCUUUUCUCUCUCUCUUUCUCUCUCUCUCUCUCUAGGGUGUCAGAAGCUCUGCAGCGAAUUUUCACAAGCCGGGCCCAAAUCAGGAGAGAACAGCUGGAUCUGGAGAGACAGCUGAAGGAGAAUGAGCUGCGCCAGCGCUACAGUGAGGAAGACAACCUGCAGGUCCAGUACUUGUGUGCCAAGGAAAAGACUGAGAAGGUAGCUGGUGCUUACGCUGCUAUCCACAGACUCCAUCAUCCCCACAGAAAACAGCUGCUGAGUCAUCAUUUUACUUCUCCCUUCUCUACGGCCGUCUUAGCCUCUCAUUUACGCCACUACAGGACAGGGUCACCGCUCCCUGUUCCUUGCUCCCUUUUGCCAUUUAGACCCAGCAUAAGGCCCAGCGGUGAAUGCCAAAGCAAGAAAGUCAAAGUACAGAAAGAAAAAUUCUCAAUAAUCCUCAACAGCCAACUUUGCUGAAUUGUUUGCAGACAUUAGAGAAAAAAAAUUAUGAAACAGUUUCCUGUGAAGUGCCAAACAAUCUGUUAACAAAAAUGUGAUUUUUCCUCUCAAACUUUGGACAGGUUUCCUUUGAUUUACUAUUCAAGACAAAAUAACAAAUACCCAGCAUUCUUAAGUAAUUUGCAUAUUAAAUCUGGAGCCUGUUUGCCAAAUGUCUCCUUUCAGUUUUCACUGUUAUUUUGACCAUAUUACACAGCCAGUGGUAGAAAGCCAAAAACAAUGAAGGACUGAAAGACUCACUUUACUUACUUUUUUUUGUCGUUGUCGUUUUCAAUAGGCCACUUGUAAACACAACCGGAAGAUUGCAAGUUUAUGCACUCAGCAGCAACACAUUAGCAAACGUCUGAAGGAGGCGGGAGCACGUUUCUUGGACAAUGACAGCAUGCUUCAUCGUAUUGAAAAUGAGGUCAAACUCUUGAAGUCAGACAACCAGACUUCAGAGGUAAGUACGAUUAAGUGAUCCUCUAAUUUUUAUUCAUUUAACUUCCUACUUUGUAAAAAGAUUUUUUGUAAGUUAUGGAAGAAAGUAAGUUGUGUGUUUCAUGUUAUUUCCUGUUGAUUUAAACCAUGCGCACAAUACUUGUCACAUUUAAAAUAAACUUUGCAUUUAAAUUUAUGUAGGAGGAUAAGUUAUAAGUUUUGAGAAAACUAAAAGGAUAAUUGCAUAACUGUUGUAGAAGGUGAAGCAGUUAAAACAAGAUUAAAUAUGAUAAGAUAUAGCGGAAGAAACUUAACAUUAUAGAUUACAUCCCUCAAAACUCAUUGCUUCUUUUUUUUUGUUUGUUUGUUUUGGGAGGUAGGCUGUCUCUCCACUAGUGUCGUGACUGUCUUUGUUUUCUUCCCAUCUGUUCUCCCAGUAAUUAGAACCGUGCUCAUUUUAUUUCUCCAGCUCACUCGUGGAUCACUGAAGAGAAUAAAUCAAUACCCUUUACUCAUCCCUCACACAGCAGCCAGUUACCUAAAACCAUGCCCAUGUUAUUUUUUUCUUCUUUAUCCUUUCUUCCAGGAACUGACCCAGAACUAUGACGCACCCACCGGUCAAAUGUUCUCUCUGCUGUUGUUUCGUAGUUCCUUUACGUCAGAGUUUCUCUUUUUUUAUCCCCUCUCUUACCCUGAGCAGGCAGCUUUCUCUGAUGAAACAAGGAUCAAAACAGAACUUUGCAUCUCACUCUAGUAUCCUGACCUCCAACCACCAUUUUUCUUCUAAUUCUGCCUCAGCGGUGCUAAUUCAAUAUGCAGUUAUGUUGCACUGACUUUUGCCUCAUUAUUUCUGCUCCCUGACCUCAGUUGUCCCUCUUCUUCAGGUUUUAGAGAGGGAUCUACAUUGCCACAGAUUGGAGCUGCAGGUGAAUGAUCUCAAACAGCACAUCAAGCAGAUGGUCCAGCUCACUGCACUGCAGGAUCAGGAGAACAAGCGCAUGCAGAAGUAGGUUAACAAUACCUUGAACUACUUCUUUGUGCGUUAACCAUCACUCAGUGCAGCUAAAGAGACCGCCCUCUGACCUGUGUUUUCUCCUGGUUAAAUAUCGGUGUUAUUUUCCCAUUGCUUUUCAGAAUGGUGAACAUCUUGUUGCCAGCUUUUAGUCGGCACUAUUCUGUGCUGUCUGGGGCCGGGCUGGCCACAUCGACAGAUGAGGUGGAGAACCAUGAACUUGAACACCUUGUGUUGAGGGAGAGGGGUGUGGUCUGGGCUGACCAAGAAGGGGUGGGUCAGCAGCCGAAAGGUGAGGAGAUCGGAGAGGAAUCACAGGAGACAAAUUCGGCAGGGAGUGAGUUGGCACCUGCCCUGUCUUUCUCACAUCUGCUGUACCACGAAAGUAGCCCCUGCAGUAAGUAUAGUUUUAUUUUUAUUUUUUUUUUGUUUAGUUUAUGAAAUUCCAGAAAACAUGAAAACUACUCAUCAUAUUUCCCCCGCACUGUUGUUUUUUAAAAGUCAUUUUCAACCCAAAAAUACUAGAAAGAUUAGAAGCUAGAAACAGUAAAGGUUGGCAUUUUUUUUUCCUUCUAUGGAUUAUUUAUUAUAGUGUAUUUGUUUGUUUGGUUUUUGCAUCACAUUACUUUACUGGGGGAUUGUCAGAUCUCUUGAUAUGUAACCUGACACCUAAAAAAAAAAAACUUUGUAUGAAGAAAUUUCCUUAAAAAAUACUUAUUGAAUCUUAAAAGAAACCUCAGAAGAUACGCAACAGCUCCUAAACUGAACCAGAUUAAAAUAACAAUAAGUCACACACUUAGUCAUGAUCCUGUGUUGGUGGUGAAAUCUAGAGAAGGUGUCAUUUUAUGGGAGGUCAGGUCGCCUCAGUAAUUGAAUAUAAAUGAUUUGUCCUCCUCAAUUAACUUUAUCAAGUGCUUGCGACAAUCUCACCCCUCCCCUUCCAUGACUGAAAGAAAAAAGAGAGAGAGAGACACAACAGGGAAUGAAUCUUUGUCGAACUGGAAAGGGAGAAAAUACCACUUGGUUAGUAAAGUCGGUUAGUUAUCGGUUAGUGAGUUGUCUUAGUUGUGUAGAAUAUGUUCACAUGUCAGGGAUAGGGAUUUAGGGAUUGUAUGAAAUGCCAGUAGGUUGAAACAGAUCCAUGGAAAGUAUUAGUCCCUACAUGCACGUACAGCUUUUGUUGAAGUCAUAAGUGUGUAAUUGUAGUGUAUUGAACAUUUCCCAGUAUGCGGCACAAAGUUCAAAUCAUAAUUACAGUCUAUAUAACAUCAAAAGUGAAAAUCUAUGAGUGUAUUAAUUUAUGUGUGUUUUAUGUUUCCUCUAUUAUGCGGCUCCGUCACGGGGGCACUCCUAAGUCAUGAGUUGAGACAGGUAUUCACAGGGGGGAAUAAUGUUAAAUGUAAAAGUCAGGUGUUCAGUCGGAACAAGUCUACCCGGCACUUGUCCAGGUCAUGUGUGUCCCGCGGGACCCAUGAGAUUGCACCGUUCAUUUUUAACUGUCAUGUCUGCAUGACCUGGCAGCACCAGGCAACCAUGAAAUAUAAGCCAAGACAGACAGUGGUGCAUGAACCAGAGCCGGCCCGCAUCACUCAAUUACUAUGAAGGUGUCUUAUCAUCAGUAGAGCAGUACACUCGGUGCCCGUCUUUCUAUUCCCCUAUAACACAGAGGUGGGCAAUUAAUUUUUACAUGGGGCCACAUGAGAAACCUGAACUGUGUUGGAGGGCCAACAAUAACUUCAACUUCAAAUCAGGGGGGUUCACACAUACAGAAAAGCAAGCCCAAAAAAAAGCGCACCCACGACUCACGAGUUUUACAAGCAACUUCUGAGAGAAACACGCCUUAAGUCUUUUAUAAUAAGGGGACUUGGCAACUAUAACUUAUGUACGAAUAUUUUGCCGAUGUUUAAACUUGUCUCUGUUCACAAACGCACGUGCGUCCAAACAGAAAUAAAACAACGGCUAGUUUUUCAAAAUAAAAACAACACACUUUUAUAGCAUGUUGAUGAUUUGAUUGACGGACCUCAUGAAGGGCCGGGCAGGGACAUCCAAAGGGCCGGAUGUGGCCCUCGGGCCGUAAAAUACCCAGGUCUGCUAUAACAGCUUGAUUCGUUUCCGGUUUGUUUUUGUAUACUCUGUUUGAUGUUUGGUAUCUAUUGUUAUUAUUAUUAGAAGUAGUAGUUGUAGUAGUAGUGGUAGUAGUUUUAUUUGUGAGAAAAACACCUGAGUUGACACAGGUAUGAAGGCCGAUCUCCUGUAGGCUAGGGGUGGGAAUCACUAGUGGCCCCAUGAUACGAUAUUAUCAUGAUACGAUAUUAUUGCGAUUUUUUUUUUUACAUUUUGCAAUACAGUGAGUAUUGCGAUACCAUAUUGCGAUUUUUACCAUUUUUUCAAAUGUUUAGCUAAUUUAGCAUUUGUCUUUCCUUUUAUGUUUGUCUUAUUUACGCUGUAUUUUAUUUUCAUGUGGCACAUCUUGCAAACCUUAUAUAUAUUUGUUGUACUACCUUUCUCCUGCUCUAUGAUGUCACCUCUGCCAACGUCACUGGACAGACAGUGGAUUUUAUUUUUCCAUUAUCAUAGAUUUGACUUCAUAUUAGGUUAAAACAUCACUAUAUGAUUGAGACAGUGUUUUGGCUUUCUCUCUGUUUUGUAGACACACCAGCACACAUCGUGAUUGGGCUCUUGCGUGGGAUUUGGCGAACAUUUUAAGAAGCCACACUUUUUUAUUAAGAAGAGAAUGAACCACAGUUUGUUUGUUUUUUAUUUUUAUCUGAGUGAGUCUCCUUGCUCAGUGAAACUCUUCAAGGCAAAGUUAUUUAUGAGGUGCUUGAAAAACAUUUUGGAUUGGAUGAUUUUAAACAUUUUUAUUUCAGAAGACAAUAUUUCAUUAAAACUUUCAGUGAACCUUUAUACGCCCUUAAAACCUCUAAUCCAAUAAGUUAGAGCGACAGAAUGUAAGCUUGCAAAACCCGAUAUAUGUCAAAGUGAGAUUGUUUAUGAAGAAAAAACACACAUUCCGCAGAGGUUCGAUAGAGAUGUUGUGAUAUUGCCUUUCUCAUGAUUUGUCUUCACCUUCAGGUGCAGAAAACCGCUGCGAAACAAUAUUCAGCCGUGCUGCUUCAUCACCAAAAGGUAAACCCACUCACCCAUCUUGCUAAUAUACUGUAGUCAUUAAUCUAAAACCCCAUCAUGUCUGUUAAUCCCUCCCCCCAUCAUUCACCUUCUUUCUCCUUGUCAUCCCUCAAUCCAUCCAUCACACGUUCCCUGACAAACUUAAAGAGAUGUUGCCGUGUUUUAUUGAAGCAGAACACACAGAUCAUAAAGUUGUUUUUUAAUUGACAUAUAAAUUUUUUAUUGUUUCAGUGUAAGCCGUAAUUUUCUCUUUGCCACAUUGUUUUUUUUUUUCAGUUUUCUGAACAUGUUGUUAGCUGUUAAAAUGAAAGGACUUGUUCAGAGUGGUAAAAAAACACAAUAAAAGUCAGACAUGUAAUAUAAUUUGAUUUACAGUCGUGCUGCAGACGUUCUGUCCCGGCCAAAACUUGAAUAAUGAAAUGAUGUGAAUACUCACAAUCCAUUUUAUAGCGGAAAAACUAUACAAAAGGAACCUUUGGGGAAAUGUACCAGAAAAAAAACAUUUGUGAAAUAUUGCACUUCAAAUUGGCUGUAAUGAUAUUUACUGCAGGUGGUCUACAUUUCAUUGAAGCAUUGUGGGAAAUGCUCCUGCCAGAUGACCAGAGUUCUUUGAAUGGAAAUAUAACACAGAGGCACCAGGGAGUUUGUCACCACUGCUAUUAAAUUUCCAUGAAGCUUAUCAUUAGACAUGAACUCCUUACAUUUAGAUUCGAACAUUUUUCUGAACAGUAGGUCCAGCCGAUUCUUCUUUCUACAUUUCAAGCCAGUUGUUUCAUUAUUUUAUUUCCAUUUGCUCAUUGGCUUACACAGCAACUUGUUCCACUUGUGUUACUUUGGCUGGCUUUAAUAUUUUCACAAAACCUCAAGUGGCUAAUUUUUAACUUAAUUGAGUUUAAUGCAGCAUGUGGCGCACCUACUAUAACUCUCUGAAUGGACAGGAUAUUGUAUUGAAAAACAAAGAACAGCUAGUUUUUACGCUUUGUUUACAGGAUAUUUCUUGUCAACAAAUCAACCCCAGUCUCUAAAUAUGAAUAAAGAUCCAAGAUUUUAACAGCUGCAGAAUGAUGUGCCUGUCGUUGAAGCUCAUCCUACUAAGGCCUAUAAAGAAAGAAAAUCAUGUCCAUGCAUACUCUCCAUUUUAACAAAACAUACAUGCAAGCCUUUUACAGGCCUAACAGCAGCACAAUAGAGAUUAACCAUGCAGUAUGAUCACUGUUUUUGCAUCACUGCGUUCCCAUUAUUGGGAUCAGGUUUCCACCUUUUUUUCUAUCUUGUAAAAUCAUAUCUGUGCAUUCACCUUUCUGACUCACACCUGCAUCUUUAAAAGGCCACCCUGUGUGCUUCAAACUAGAGCUGCUACUCAAAUAUAUAUGUGUACUGUGUAUAAACACAUACAUAAAACUGCUAUAUAUAUGCAAUACAGCAUCAUCAGCUGAGAUAACUGACUAAACACUCACUGGUAGAAGCAAAGCAUGUGUUCAUACAGAAAGAUUUUGUUUUGGGGAAAAGUGCUCUGUUCUCAUCCUGACACUGUUUGUAAGUCUCUGACUGCUUCCUCAGCUGUUAAUGGUAGUCACUGCAGCAUGUUAUGAGAAAUAGCUCCACCCAGCAGAGUGCAAAGCCAAUCAAAUUUCAGUGCUCAAAGAGAGGGCUGGGAUGUUGAAAGAGCAUUAACUCUUUGAGGGCUGAUAAAUAAUAGCAAAGCACACAGAUAGGAGCCCUUUGAGGGGAACAUUUCAUUAUUUUACUAUUCAGUGUUAAUUAGAAGAUGUCCACACAUCCAGUUAUUAUUAGAUUUAUCCUUUUUUCAUUCAGCUUCCUCUCACUGCCUCUUUAAUGUUUUCCUUUUUAUACUGCUAUUUGAUCCUCUCUCUUUCGCUUCUCUCUUAUCUAUUUUUUCCUCCUUAGAUUUUGCAGUCCCUUUUGCUUCAAACAUCUGUUUGUCUGGCUUUUUUUCUCUAUCCUACCUUUCUAUCCCUCCUACCCUCAAAUGUUUUUCUCUGUCUGUCUAGCAUAUAACCCCCCCAAUCCCUCUUGAGCUUCAUUCAUGAAAAUGCAGAUCCACAGCAGGGCAGGAAAAAACGUCAACAGACGUAAACUCCCCUGCUCCACCAACCAGAAAAGGCGCACUAUAAAAAACAGGCAGCAGCAACCAGGCGACCCUAAUUCAGUGCAGCCUCCACCAGAAAUAGCAACUCAUGCAUGUAUUAAUCCCCUACAAGCCAAAAAUAUGUGAUUGAAGGAACUCUGCUGCCAUUUAUUGCUAGGGACAACUCCUCUGCCACUGGAAAGUGCUAUUUAUCAUCGUCUCCUCUCUCGGUGUGCUGUCUGAAGUCUGACUCACAUUUGCUAAAUAUUACAUUUUGAUAUUAGGGCCAUAUAUAAAUCACUCAUCCACCUUUGUAUCAAGUGUUCUCACUUCCUUUAUGUGCUGGCAUUUUUCCUUUUUUAGCCCCUUCUUAACCCCCACCACACCUCGACAGGAAAUGCCACGAGUGUAAUAGUGUUCAUAAUGCGAUGCAGACAGUGAUUCAGCCUUGUUCUUCCCAGUAGAAUUUUGCUGUCAUUUUCAAAUUAAGUCACUCUGAGUGGCCAAAAAAAAAACUAAACACUGGAUUAAAGUGUCGCACAUCCAUCAACCAAUACUUUCAUCAUUAACAGCCUUUUUUGGUGUUUAGAUAAUAAUCAAUGUUGAGAGAUGGAGAAAGGAACAAGUUCUGUGUUUUUGUGUUUAGUUUUUUUUUGUGUGUGUGUGUGUGAUAACUCUGUAAAUAAUGCAGCUGCAGAUCAAUUUUAAAGUUAUUUAGCAAAGAAUUCAGUGUUUUGUUUUGUUUUUUUCUUUGUCUAUUAGAAGUUGACAAAGAUUUGAGCCAUACAAUGCACAGCUGUUUAAUAGCUGACUUACACUCUGUUGUAUAUUUACAAAUAGUCGGAGCUUACAAUGUCACCAGGUGUAGCCCUAAAACUUGAAUGGCUAACCAAAUGAUUGCACCAAGGUACUGAUCAUGCCUAUUAUAUCUGAGGUGAUAUCAUAGUUUAUAUCUAUGUAAUAGAAGUUUAUAACUUUUAUUAUUAUUAUUAUUUUUUUCUGUUUUCAUUUUCUACUAAGGUUUCAGUGGCCAUUUAAGUUUUUCAUCUGAACAACCAUUCCCAUCCAACCUGACAGAAUAUAUUUUUUUAACUUUCACAGUCACUGCCUCUUGUGUUUCACUCUCAGUGUUUCAUAUUUUGAUGCAACGUAUCUUAAAAAAAAAACUCAAAAUGUGCAAGGUUUUGGCUACUCAUGUGUUUGUGCCAAAUCUUAUACAGUUAAGUAAACGGUGUAAAAGAUGAGUGUUAAUUCAUACACUGGACUUAUAAAACAAAUGUCUGUAACAUAGUUUUAUUAGUGUUUUCGAACUGCUGGCUAUUUUAACACCUUUUUUUGCAUUCAGUAAAAUAAAACAAUUUAAAGCUCCUAUAAGGAGUUUUGUGAUAUUAAUGAAAUUGACUGAAAUUCACUAUGAUGCCUUUAUAUGAUGUACAAAAGCCAACAAAGCUUUAAUCAACAAAUAACAGGAAACACAGACAGAAAAAUGUUUGAUUCUGUGAAGUAUUGCCACAAGGGACUUCUGGAUUUCUGACCAGCCAACUAUGAAUAUUAAAAUAAAUAAAAAAAACACUAUUUAAAUAUUAAACGUCUAAAAAUAAAGGUAGAUAUCGCUCAAUUAUUCCAUGCUUGUUAAUAUAGCUGAUUUUCUUAGCCAGGAGCAUAAUUCCGAUGGAUUACUCAUUAAUAUACAAGAAAAGGUCAAACAUAUGGAGUUGUGCUGUAGAGUUCAUAACGUGAAUGACUCAUAUGUCAGGAGCAAUAUUAAACUGCAUUGUUCUCCCAUACAUCGUAAACAAAUUUAACACAGUAAUUUUUAAAGGGACAUUCUCUUUAAUCAGCACAGUUUGGACCAAUAUACACCGACAUUAUAGUUUCACAUUUAGACAUCGUAAGCAUGUGUUAUAGUUUAAGUGUAUUUCACCACUUUUUCAUUUCUAUUAACUGUUCGUGUUUUUGCUUCUUUUGUUUUUAGAUAGAAGAAACCAGACUGACACAAAACAGGAGCCAAUUCCUAAAAUGCCCAUCAGAAGAAACCUGUGCACAUCACUCCCACCACAUAGCCCCCAGAUUGGUGUCAAGACUCAACAUUUUGAGGAGGGUCUUUGCCCGCUGCAGUGCACACCAGAACCUGCUAAACAAACUGUUAAGGUCCUGCCAGUGAGCUCUGUCAGUGCUAUGGAUCCCAACAUGACCUUUGAGGUUUUUGACAAUGACGAUCAAACUGCAAGUAAUGCAACCAUCAUAAUAAGUGAUGGGAGUCCCUGUCAGUCAUCAAAGCCCACUGACUUCCUAGGGUUGAAUCGACCACCCCUUCCUCCCAAGACCAAUGAGGGGAACCAGGUUUUGGCCAAAAGGUAAGAAAUUGUUUAUGUUCUUGUUCAUUUGACUUUGAUUUUGAAUGUUCAUCUUGUUGUUGUUCUUUAGAGGUUACAGUUUUGGUUACAGAUUUUAUUCUUGCCUUGACAAAGCACCAUAUUAACAUUUAGCGCUCACUCUCAAAUGCAUAUAAGUCGAGAAAGGGGUCAAUUGGCACCAGUUUACAAAGUUUAAACCUCAAUUUUCUGUCCACCUAUUUUACACAACUCACAUGGUUUGACACGAUUUCCCUCCCUUCCUGUGGUCAUUAAUCUUACAUCGCCCACCGUUUUUGUGCUGGCUCAUUUAGUGGAUUACACUAUUGACUUCACGCAUACGGUAUUAAGGCCACCAAUCCUUAUGAUUUUUUUCAUCCACAAAGCCAUAAACAAAUGCAUCUAUGCACUCACAAAGCACAAACUGCAUUCCAGUGAUCACUUUGGAAUUCCCUUCACACAUAACAGUAAAAUACUGCAAGACAGCACUCCUCAUCACAGUACUUUUUGGGAAAUACCAAAUAGUCACAGAACUACGCUAUCUACAAUAACACAUCAAAUCCAUUCGUUGCGCUUUCUUUACCCCAGUGGAUCAAACAAUUUCCACCCAACACUUUUUUAGAAACAGAGUAAGUCAACAAGUGGUUUUUUACUCACUCCCAAAGGAUUCAAGCAGAACUGAACCAGCGGGCGUUAUAAACAUCAUUACCUCAUCUAUACCUCUGACAUGCGAGGCAGUUUGUUGGCAGCCAAGACUUCAUAUUAUCUUCUAAACAUGUGGCAUUGAUCAUAAGAGUCUGAGUUCAGAGCCUGUCUCCAAACAUUAACUGCUAACUUAUGUAGCAGACGACUUUUUACCGCCCAGUUCUGUACGUGCGUCCUGUUCUUUCUCAGGGCUGCUCUCCUCGUCUCAGUUAUCUCACAAACAUCGAUUUUUGUCUAAUAUCGCUAGUGUCUAGACAAGCUAACUUUGGUCCUUUCAACAAUACUGGUCUGUUUAAGUUUUCAAGUCUGGUCACUUUGUGUGUACUGUUUUGUGUUACCCAAAUCUAAACUAUCCAUCCGUCAUUCCUGCCAAGUCACAACAUACAAGAUAAAAAGUUAAAUCAGUCAACUCUUCUGCUAGGAGUGAAUGUGUAAAGAGUUUUUAAACUAAAGCUCCUGACACACCGGGAAUGACGCAAAUAUACAACACGAAAUUACGAAGUAUUCGGAGGCGAAUUUGGACCCGCCAGUACCAGAUAAGCACAUUAAACUAUAAUCCAUAAACGUAAGGUGACAACCGAGACCUAAUGGUGCUGUGACAGCAACACAAUUGAGUUUGAGACAGUGGAAAUCCAUAUGGUAUGUUGUAUCUGAACAGGUUAGCUUACGAGCAUCUGUCGUAUACUACUUGUUUCCAACUGGGCGUUCUUUAACCAUUGAGUAAGAAGUGUAAAAACCCACAAACUUGAUGGUAAACCAUUCAGGAGUCGCAAAACCUCCAAACCUUUUUCACAACAAGCAAGUUUCCUGGCGGAGACUGAUGUAAAAAAUCAGCAAAGGUUAAAGUACCAUGUAAGUGUUUUAGAGAAACAAGAAAACAAGCCAUGAUCUUUCAACAGCUGGAGGUGCCAUAGACAGGAAAUUAAAAAAAACCCUGCUUCAGAUAGAUUUGUGAGACAACAUAAUUUGCAUAUCCAAAUUUCUUAAUGCGGUUGAAUCAAAAAAGGAUCAUAUAACAAAGGUGUGCUCUUGUUUACACAAAGCUUUUAAAAUACAUCAGAAACACAAUGAUCAGAUGUAAGCUUUCUUUUUUUUAUUAUCUGAUGUUGAAAACAAAAAGGGUUCACAUUCUCAUAUCAAGUCCAAACAGCAGAGAUGUAAACCUUUUGUUCUCUGUAGACAACAGAACCUGACACUGCAAGACGUGAGACGAGCAAACCCAACGUACAUGAGCAUGACAUCUGCUGCACAAGGAAAACGGAAAUUUAAUGGGUAAUGUGCCUGAAGCUUUUUAUCUUUCAUGCAUGUUAUCAACUUUCCUCGGUACAGGCAGACUAUAAAACACUAACGAGGAACUUCUGAUGUUGUUUUGAUGAGUUCUUCCUUCUCGUAUCAUUCACCGUGGCAGCAUCCGAGAAGAGUCACCACAUCCUCUCACUAUGCCGAAACGUAUAAGGAAAGAUCCAUCAGUGACCCGGAAACCACUUCGAGUGCAUCGCUUGGCCGGUAAGUUGGAGUGAAUGAGUGGAUGGACGGAGUUUUCAUAGCUUAAAAUGUUGGUUUCAUGCAACUAGAGAUGUUCCGAUACCGGUCUGAUACUUGUGUUGUGGGUAUCGGCCAAUACUGAGUAUUCCGAUACCAAUGUGUUAUAAAAAAUAUAUAUAUAAUACCAGGCCCUGCAUGACUGUGAUGUGAUUAUCAUUGUGGUAAGGUCUGGUUCAGGUUAAACCCUUUGUAUAACACAAAUAAAUACAGCAAAUUUAAGCCAUUUCUUUUCAAAUAGAACUGUAUAAAAUAAGCAAAUGCAAAUAAAAAUAGGAUUUUUUUUUUUUUCAUUAAAGUGCAGCCGCAAUAUUUUAAAAUAAAAGGGAAUUUAAACAGAACAGAGCUAAUGGAGCUAACCAGUAAAUAAAUUAUUAAUUUGAUAAAUUACAUGGUAUCGGAUCAGUGCCUGGACUCCAAUACUCGCCGAUACUGAUGCCGGCAUUUUCGGCAGUAUCAGAGCAAUUUUCAAUCGGAAUCGGAACAACUCUACAUGCAAUUAUAAAACCAAACUUGCUAAAUUAAAAAAAAAAAAUAAGAGUGUCAGGGUGUAAAAUACGUCAGUAAUUAUGAGCUCUCUCAAAAUGCCGGAGAGGUUUACUUUUGUUUACCUCCGUUAAUUGUUGUCUUCUGGAUGUCUGUCUCCAGGUUUAGAGGAGAACAAGCCCCGAAGGGUUGUGAGGAGUAUAUCAGAGGGAAAUCUCAGCCUCCUUGAACCUCAGAAAUCCAAAUCCAUAUUUUAUAAAACAUCUCAACAUCUUAAAAGAGUGGCCAAACGGAUGUAAAGCAACAUGUUCAAAGCAAGUCUGAAUUUUUCCCCCUCCAUUCGCCCAUUAUUGCUCCAAACCAAACGUCAAUAAAGGUGAAACAUUUUCUCAGCUGCAUUAUUUUGUCAGGGGUGUUUUGUUCCAUACACUCUAUUGAGAUUUUUACUUGACUGUAUAUAAACCUUGUAUAGUUUUGAUCCUACUUUUAAACUCAUGCACGCACUAAAAGCUCCAAGUGAAAACAUGUCCUGUUGAUUUCCUCUGUUUUAAACUAUGUUCUCAGUCUGUCUGGUAGGUAACUACAUUUCUUCAGGGCAGCUAACUUUAAAAUUUCAGUGAUAGUUUUAAGAUAAGACUUUUAAUGAAGGUAAGGCUUGGUUGUCUAUGUUUUUGUAUUUUAUUCUUUUUUGUACAGUUAAUAAAUUGGGGUUAUAGAUAUGUUAUAAUAAAAUGUUAUGGAGCAGGAUUUGUGGCUGUUAUUUGUUAAAUAAAUCCAUUUCUGAAAUGUAA